GCGCGAAACUGGAGGCUCCAAAGAAGCCAUGGCCGGAAUGGAUCCACAGAGGCAACUCCUAACCCUAAUUCGCGAUUGCGCCUCCGAGAAAUCACAAGGAGAGAGAAGGGUGGUUGGCCUAAAGAAGAGAAUUGAAGAACUUCGAUCUGAGCUUGAAGUGGCAAAUGCGGAGCUUGAAGGCUCAAAGCGGCUCAAAGAAACUACCGAACAAGAGCUCAAAGGCUACGAAGUUGAAUUGGCUAUGAAUAUUGCUUCGAUUCAAGCCCUAGAGGGAAGAAUUUCUCAGAUUCAAGAUGAAAUAUCCUCCAUUGGAUCGGAAGUAGAGCGUCUUCAGAAUGAAGAAAGGGCUGAGCGCGAUAAGUUUAUUGGUCAGAUGUUUGAGCUUAACACCAGAAUAAGGAACUUCCAGGACAGAGUAGCAUCCAAAUUCCAUAAAGCAAAUAACAAUGGAAUUGCAGCAGUCAUUUCAGAAGCAGACCAGAAAGUUGUAAUGGAGGUAUUCACAGAAACUGAUUCAAGAAUUUUAGAGGACACACUUGCCCAUUUAGUCUCUAAAACAGCUAAAGAGGAGCAAGAAUACCUGGCAGAACAGAGUAUCCAAAAGCAGGUCCAGCAGGAAUAUGUUGAUCUUCAGAGGAAGGUUUCUUUGAUGGAGGUGAUAAUGAAAGAAACAAAAGCACUGCUGGAUUUGACAAGAUAUCCUUCACAACUUUUAUAUUGGGAAGGGCUGGCCUGAGCUAGUUAUUUUGCACCUAGUUGAGGUCUGGUUAAGAAAGCAAGUACGCAACUGGACUGUUAUUUUGGCUUAUAUGAUUAAUUUUUGUGAAUUGCUUUUCCAAGUAACUUGGGUUGUGACACGUGAGUACUGCCACAAAUUUCUUUUAACUCGAAACAAGCAGACUUCUGAAUUGGAACAGACUUGUGCUUCUCUUGGCGAGCAGUUGCAGAACAGAUGUGUGUGUCCCAGUUGUCAUACAGAUAAUGUGGAGUCUCUGAGUGGAAUUCUUCAGGCUGAUGAAGCGAAUUGAUCUCUUUUAAGUACUCUGUUUGCUAUUGCUUUGUUUUAAAUGUUGGUUAAAAAACUUGUGUACUAUGAAAUUGUACUCGAGGGACAUAGCAUUUAUGGCGCUUACCUGAUAUUUGGUGGACUCUCUAUUACACUGGAGAGUGAUGAUAAUGAGGCCUGGUAUUCUAUUCUAACAAAGACUGUGGACUAACAAUAAUGUGGAAAAGAAUCUUCAAUAAUGAGGAAAAGAUUCUUCAACUGA